AUGCGGAUCAUAGUCUUAUGGAGAGGAGCAAUAUCCACUCUGGAGAUACCUGUCGCUGCACGAAUUAUCGAAGUGAAAGUACUGAUUUGUGAAGCUCUUCACAUCCCAGUCCCAGCAGACAGGCAAGAGCUCUCAUGGGAAGGGCAGUUCCUCAGGGAUGAACUGACUCUGCAAAACUAUCACAUUCCUCCUAAUGCUUCCCUUACUGUCCUUACCAAAAUUAAAGUUGAAAUCUACGUGGAGUAUAGUCGCUUUUAUUAUGUGUGUGAAGUCCAUGAUGGUGCUACCGUGGGGGAGUUGAAGGCGAAAGUUUGCGCAGAACAAAGCAUUAUUGACGUUGAACACAAGAUUGAACAAAAAGCAGUAGAGAAACUAAUCAUUGGAAAAGAGAUUGACUUGGAGGAGUUGGGAGGUAGAGUAGACCAAGCCCAAAUACAAAAGACCUCGCUGAUCACAUUCCUAUGGAGUGGAGGAGAAUCCAUUCUGCUGGUUCCCAUGGCUACAAGAAUUAUCGACGUAAAGCUACUGAUUUCAGAAGUGCUUCGCAUCCCCAUCCCAAUAGAUAGGCAAGAGCUCUCAUGGGAAGGGCAGUGCCUGAAAGAUGAACUGACUCUGCAAGACUAUCACAUUCCCCCUACUGCUUUCCUUGUUAUCUAUAAGAAAAUUGAAGUCAAGAUCUACUUGGAGUUCGAUGGCCAUUGUUAUGUGUACGUAGUCUUCGAUGGUAUUACCGUGGGUGAGUUGAAGGCAAAACUUCAGACGGAACAAGGCGUAGACAUUGAACAUAAGGUACUCUGGAUGGUGGAUAAUAGUUAUCUUGAUGAUCAUGCUCAACUCUUGGUUGCCGGAGAUGUUGAAGGAGCUUAG